UCCUCGCCUGCCAAUUGCCAACUCUAUAUAACUUCAUUUGUUUCUUGACCAGGUUGGAACUUUCAUUUCGCCUCUUGAGAGUCCCCCUUGGUCACAGCCCUCUGCACCUUGUUUGUGCAUAUAUAUAUGCCCACGGCUAGGUGUGUGUGCGCACAUAUAUUGCCUCGUGAUAUCGCGCCUGCAGUUUCGUGUACUGAAGAGUAAAAUCUUUUGGGUUGGCAUACAACUAAGGAAGAUCGAUCACGGCGCCAGUGAAGCAUAGGUACUUUGAAUCAUCGACAAAGUUCAUUGUGACGGUGCCUCGUGCUUCCUGAGGCAUAAUAGGUAGUUAAUGCUCAAGAUCUUUGGCUUCAAGAUGGGAGGUUUUGCUUGCGCUCAUGCAGAGAAGAGGCAUCGCCUGGAUAGAACUUUGAACGGUCUUAGCAAGAAAGGCUAUGUGGGAAGCUGUUACGCUAAGUACAAGCCGUUCAGCUUCAGCGCCCUGUUACCUCAAGGUUUGAGCGGCAAGAUGAUGUACGUGAAGCUUGUCCUCCUCAUCCUCAUGUGCGGCUCCUUCAUGGGCCUCCUCCACUCGCCGUCGAUCCACCAUGGCGGCGACCAACGCAGCACACAGUCGCCUGAGAUGUCAACGGCGAUGCGGACGUCCGACGCCGACGAGCUGGACUCCGGUUACACGUCGGACCUGAGGGUCGACUGGUCGAGCGUCUCCAUGGCGGUGCAACGGGUCGCUCGAGAAGGAGACGGUGGAUUGCGUGUAGGGAUCCUGAACUUCGACGGGGAUGAGAUGGACCAAUGGAGGACGCUGCUGCCGGCGGCCUCCGCGGUGCACCUGGACCGCGUCGCGGGGAACGUCACCUGGGCGCACCUGUACCCGGAGUGGAUCGACGAGGAGGAGCUGUACCACGCGCCGGUGUGCCCGGACCUGCCGGAGCCGGCGUCUGCCCCGGAGGGAGGGUACGACGUCGUCGCCGUGAAGCUCCCGUGCAGCGGCGCGGCGGGCUGGUCCAAGGACGUGCCGCGGCUGCACCUGCAGCUGGCCGCCGCGCGGCUCGCCGCGGGCCGGUCGGAGGACCGUGGCCGGCGGGCGGCGGCGCACGUGAUCGUCGUCAGCCGGUGCUUCCCAGCACCGAACCUGUUCAGCUGCAAGCACGAGGUCAUGCGCGACGGCGACGUGUGGCUGUACCGGCCGGACAUGGGCGAGCUCCGGCAGAAGCUCGCCCUCCCCGUCGGAUCCUGCAGGCUGGCCAUGCCGCUCAGAGCACUCGGGGAGGCAUACGUGUCUGCGGCGCCGCGGCGAGAGGCGUACGCGACGAUCCUCCACUCGGAGCAGCUGUACGCAUGCGGCGCCAUGGUGGCGGCGCAGAGCAUCCGUAUGGCGGGGUCGGACAGGGACAUGGUGGCGCUGGUCGACGAGACCAUCAGCGAGCGGCACCGGAGCGCGCUGGAGGCGGCCGGGUGGAAGGUGCGGACGAUCCGGCGGAUCCGAAACCCGCGCGCGUCGCGGGACGCCUACAACGAGUGGAACUACAGCAAGUUCUGGCUGUGGACGCUGACGGAGUACCGCCGGGUGGUGUUCCUGGACGCCGACCUGCUGGUGCAGCGCCCCAUGGAGCCGCUCUUCGCCAUGCCGGAGGUGAGCGCCACGGGGAACCACGGCACGGUCUUCAACUCCGGCGUCAUGGUGGUGGAGCCCUGCAACUGCACCUUCCGGCUGCUCAUGGACCACAUCGGCGACAUCCAGUCCUACAACGGCGGCGACCAGGGGUACCUCAACGAGGUCUUCUCCUGGUGGCACCGCCUGCCGUCGCGCGCCAACUACAUGAAGCACUUCUGGGAGGGCGACACCGCGGAGCGCGCCGCCGCCAAGCGCCGCGUCCUCGCCGCCGACCCGCCCGCCGUCCUCGCCGUGCACUUCGUCGGGAUGAAGCCCUGGUUCUGCUUCAGGGACUACGACUGCAACUGGAACGCGCCCGAGCUCAGGCAGUUCGCCAGCGACGAGGCGCACGCGCGCUGGUGGACGGCGCACGACGCCAUGCCGCCGCGACUCCAGGGGUUUUGCCUUCUCGACGAGAGGCAGAAGGCGCUGCUGCGGUGGGACGUCGCCGAGGCCAGGAAGGCCAACUUCUCCGACGGCCACUGGAGGGACAGGAUCGCUGAUCCUCGCAAGAGCAUCUGCGCCGGCGUCGGCGUGGAGGGGUGCCGCAGGAGGGAGAUCCACGGCAGGCGAGUGGAUGGGAACAGGGUCACCACGUCCUACGCCAAGCUCAUUGACAACUUCUGACUUCCCUUCCCACACCACAGGGCCCCAUCCCGGCCAUUGCCUGCUGAUCGAACGGUGUAGAUGAGAUGUUCAAGGUUUUCCUUUCUAGAGUUUUUUUUUCUAACUUGACUUGAAAGGCAGGAGUGCUGCCCGGAUGUGAUCAAAGGCAUGUGCCGGAAAAUGGGAAUUGGGAAAUGUACUAGAGGUACAUAUAGCGUUGCCUGCAGGCUUUGCUCA